AUGGAGGAGAACAUGGGACUUGGUAAUCAAUAUUUGUUCCCUAACCAUUAUGAUGAGCUCAAAAGGGUGUUUGUAUUGUGGAAACUAGGGAAAUGUCUAUUUACAAAUGCUAGCUCAGUGGUUUUAAUUGGUUUUCUCGAAGCAUUAGAAGAUUUACAACAAGCACCAACAUAUGAUUGGGGGUCUGUGAUUUUAUCAGAAAUCUACAUGAAUCUCAUUGAUUGCUCGACGUGUGUCAGAGAUCGUUUUGAUGCUUUUUGGGGACUUUUGGAGUAUUGGUGGUAUACAUGGUUCCGUGUUUCAGAACCUUCUAUUAAGAAUCAUACCAAUGUUUUUCCGAUCAUACGGAAGUACGAUUCCGAGAAUUGGAAACCUAUACAGAUUGAAGAUGGUCAACAUACUGCUAUUGUUCAUAAGAUUCAACAGUUGAGCAUAACAAGCCGUAAAUUUAUCUCCCAGCCGUAUGAAGCAAUACCUGAGUUCGAAGAAGAACAAGCUCAGAGAAUGUUGCAGCUAAGCCUUACAAGGAUCGUGUUAUACAACCCUAUUUCUCAAAAGGGUGUUUGGUAUUAUGGUGAAAGACAACUUCUUCAGUUGCAAAGAAGAUCAGUAAUAUCCGUCAACCCCUAUCAAAGAUCUGAGGUUUCUGAAGAUGACUACUUAAAAUUGUUAAGGGAAGAUCAUCAUUGGCAAGAAGCUGAUCAAUUGAUCCAGGAGCCAACAGAUAGAAAUGAUUACCUAUUUUGGUUUGACACUAUUUUCAAGUCCAAUAUUGCUAUGCAACCGCAAAUUUUAGGUCGAGUUGAUUUCCCAGCUUUAGGUAGGAUUGCACUUGCUGAUGAAUUAACAUAA